CACAAGAUACAACAGGGCUUCGCUUCUUGCAUGUGGGUGCGAUACCAUUCUACGAUCGCUCCGCGAGCUGCAAGCCGAGUGGCCAGUCCUAGGUUGCAGGGGCUGAGCAGCAGCGAUCACCCCAAAAAGUAGCAAGGAGCCUACUCCAGAUCAAUAAUACCUUGCUCCUCAGGGCCACGGGCUGAACUGGCACGGGCCGGCUGUUCCCGAGCAGUCGAGAAUUCCCUGGAGAUGGCGCUCCAGGCGGUGGGGAGUCUGGCUCGAUUUGCGCCUUCCUCAGCCUCCGGCCUUCAGGCGGUAGAGGGCGGCCUACGCUCGUGUUGGAGCCGGCACCGGAGCGCAGCUGCUGCUCUGCUGGAAGUCUCCCGGUCCCACUGAGGCCCUCCCCUGUGCCGGGCGGUGGAUGCUGCGGCUACGCUAUCCACCCGCGUAGACAGGAGGCGGGCUCUACCCCUGGCAUGUGCAAGGGUAGCCGUAGGUGGCAGCGGCCGGCGCAUGCGCGCCUUAUCCCAGGGGCCUGGAACGCUGAGGGGCGCGCGCCCCCAUCCGCGCGCGCACGCUUGCGCUGGCCGAGGCUUCCCCGCCUGCGCUCCCGGUCAGAGCCACUCCGGCGCGUGCGCGCGUUAUCUCCAGAGGACCGAAGUAGCCUGGGUUCCCUCAGCUCCAGGCCCCCGCCCCCCGCCGCCUCCUCCCAGCCCUCAGCCAACCCGUCCCCUUCCUCUUCUCGCGGAAUGGGGCCGGCGCUGCUCGGGGUCGCGCGCCCGGGACCCGGCUCGCGCUCGGUCUCGCGCUGUCAGCUACUGCCCCGCUCGCGCCGCCUCGCGCUCUCCCUCAGUCAGUGGCGCCGAAGGCUCCGUUAAGCGGCGGCGGCGGUUCCUGUUUCCGUUUCUUCCUCUCCCUUCAGCCGGGAGUAGCAUCCUCCACCCAGCCACCCCUCCCACUCCCCAACGAGCGGCAGCUGCGGCUGAGGGCUGUGGCGGCGGCGGCAACUGGGGACCGCGGAGACCGCUUCUGCUCUCCCCUCGGGUUGCUGCUUUUGCUGAGAGAUUCCCCAUGAACUUGAUGGUGUUUUCAUUCAAGAUACAGUGCUCAAUAUAUUGUCUUUAUUGAUUAACUGAACAAAUUCAGGUCAUAAUUGAUGAAUGUUCUGGGACUGUCUCUGCAAGGAGGUGACAUUUAAAUAGAGAUCUGAAUUACUAGAACGAGCCAAAGGAAUUGAAGGUCAGGUAGAAGGAACAGCAAGAAUGAAGUCCCCAUGAUAGCAUGUAGAGUACAUGAAGUACAGGACUAUAAAGCUUCCUACUCGUACCACCAGGAGGAUCUCUUUGAAGGAUUCACCUCAGGACUACCAGAGACACUAAUUUGAAGCAUCAUGUGGUAAAACAACAGAAGGUGACUACCUUUGGACUAGCUAGAAACAGAGUUACAAUGUUUUCAAUUCUUUGAAAUCCAGGAAGCCAAGGGAGUGAAUUAAAAAUCUGAAAAUGCGGCCAUGGACUGGUUCCUGGCGUUGGAUUAUGCUCAUUCUUUUUGCCUGGGGGACCUUGCUAUUUUAUAUAGGUGGUCACUUGGUACGAGAUAAUGACCACCCCGAUCACUCUAGCCGAGAACUGUCCAAGAUUCUGGCAAAGCUCGAACGCUUAAAACAGCAAAAUGAAGACUUGAGGCGAAUGGCCGAAUCUCUCCGGAUACCAGAAGGCCCCAUUGAUCAGGGGCCGGCUUCAGGAAGGGUUCGUGCUUUAGAAGAGCAGCUUGUGAAGGCCAAAGAACAGAUUGAGAAUUAUAAGAAACAGACUAGAAAUGGUCUUGGGAAGGAUCAUGAAAUCCUACGGAGGAGGAUUGAAAAUGGAGCUAAAGAGCUCUGGUAUUUUCUACAAAGUGAAUUGAAGAAAUUAAAGAAUUUAGAAGGACUUGAACUCCAAAGACAUGCAGAUGAAUUUCUGACAGAUUUAGGACAUCAUGAAAGGUCUAUAAUGACAGAUCUGUACUACCUCAGUCAAACAGAUGGAGCAGGUGAUUGGCGGGAAAAAGAGGCCAAAGAUCUGACAGAGCUGGUUCAGCAGAGAAUAACCUAUCUUCAGAAUCCCAAGGACUGCAGCAAAGCCAGGAAGCUAGUAUGUAAUAUCAACAAAGGCUGUGGCUAUGGCUGUCAACUCCAUCAUGUGGUCUACUGCUUCAUGAUUGCAUAUGGCACCCAGCGAACACUCAUUUUGGAAUCUCAGAAUUGGCGCUAUGCCACUGGUGGAUGGGAAACUGUGUUUAGACCUGUAAGCGAGACCUGUACAGACAGAUCUGGCAUCUCCACUGGACACUGGUCAGGUGAAGUAAAGGAUAAAAAUGUUCAGGUGGUUGAGCUCCCCAUUGUCGACAGUCUUCACCCUCGUCCUCCGUAUUUACCCCUGGCUGUACCAGAGGACCUUGCAGAUCGACUUGUACGACUCCAUGGUGACCCAGCAGUGUGGUGGGUGUCCCAGUUUGUCAAAUACUUGAUCCGCCCACAGCCUUGGCUGGAAAAGGAAAUAGAAGAGGCCACCAAGAAGCUUGGCUUCAAACAUCCAGUUAUUGGAGUCCAUGUCAGACGCACAGACAAAGUGGGAACAGAAGCAGCUUUCCAUCCCAUUGAGGAAUACAUGGUGCACGUUGAAGAGCAUUUUCAACUUCUUGCUCGCAGAAUGCAAGUGGAUAAAAAAAGAGUAUAUUUGGCCACAGAUGAUCCUUCUUUGUUAAAGGAGGCAAAAACAAAGUACCCCAAUUACGAAUUUAUUAGUGAUAACUCUAUCUCUUGGUCUGCUGGACUACACAAUCGAUACACAGAAAAUUCACUUCGGGGUGUGAUCCUGGAUAUACACUUUCUCUCCCAGGCAGACUUCCUAGUGUGUACUUUUUCAUCCCAGGUCUGUCGAGUUGCAUAUGAAAUCAUGCAAACACUGCAUCCUGAUGCUUCUGCAAACUUCCAUUCUUUGGAUGAUAUCUACUAUUUUGGAGGCCAAAAUGCCCACAACCAGAUUGCCAUUUAUCCUCACCAACCUCGAACUGCAGAUGAAAUCCCCAUGGAACCUGGAGAUAUCAUUGGUGUGGCUGGAAAUCAUUGGGAUGGCUAUUCCAAAGGUGUCAACAGAAAACUGGGAAGGACGGGCCUAUAUCCCUCCUACAAAGUCCGAGAGAAGAUAGAAAUGGUCAAGUACCCCACAUAUCCUGAGGCUGAGAAAUAAAGCUUAGAUGGAAGAGAAAGACAGCCAAAAUCAGUUCAGUCCAUUUGAGCCAAACAGUAGAUGAAGAAGGCCCUGCCUAACAACACCUGGUUAAAUGAGUAGACACCCUCAGCACCAGGAACAACUGAGAACUCACACUUCAUUGGUGGAAUUCCUCUUUACCAAGGGCUCUAAUGCCCUGAAUCCAUGCACAGUCCAAUAAUGUACUCACAUGUAACAUGCAGAUUGUUUUCUACUUUGCCCCUUCUUUCAAGAUUAUGUCCCCAUGAAACAAACACUGCCACAUUGUGUAAUUUAAGUGACACAGACAUUUUGUGUGAGAUUUCAAACAUGGUGCCUAUAUCUGAGAGACCUAUAUGACCUAAUGGGAAGACCUGAAUAGCUCCCUACUGUAGGGAGGUUGAUUCUUAGCCAGUGGUGGUAUUGAAACCACUGAAUUCACUCCAGUCAACAGAUUCAGAAUGAGAAUGGAUGUUUUUGUCUGGAAUUUUUUUUUUAAGUAAUUGCAUCAGUUUAUCCACCUCAUCAUUAAUAAGUGAAGGAUACAUCUGAAAAUAAAUAUUCACAUUCCAUUAGGAACUUUUGUAAAACAAUGCCAUGAACAGUCUCUUUAGUACUCAAUGUUUCUGGACAUUCUCUUUGAUAACAAAAAAUAAAUUUUAAAAAGGAA